CUUCCUUUAAUUUUGGCGGUUUCCUUUCUUUCUUGUGCUAGUGCCUCGUUUUGUGCUCAAUUUCUUUCUCUCUCUCUCUCUCGCAAAUACAAUGGUUACAACAAGGAAGUUACAAUUAAAAUAUCACCCGUUCACAACAAUGACCACUUAGCUAACGCUCUCUCUCUUUCUCACACACUCUCUCUUCGUCUCUUUCUCCAGUUGGUGAUGGUGGUUGCAGAGAAAGAGAAAGAGAACGUGAUGGAAUCAUCAUCAUCAUCAUCAUGAAUGUGCUGAAUUUGAAGAAGAAAACGCCGCUAAACGCACACAAAUAGAAGCAAACACAGUGAGAAUUGAGAAAGAGAAGAAGAAGAAGAAUGUUUAGACUGCACAAGCACAGGUCUGCGAAAUCAGGUGACAGAAUCGAGUUCAGAAUCUCUCAUCUCAAGGCUCUGCAGGUACCCAAGGGGUGGGACAAGCUGUUUGUUUCUGUUGUUUCAAUAGAAAAUGGCAAAACAGUUGCAAAAUCAGGCAAAGUACCGGUGCGGAAUGGGAGUUGUCAAUGGUCGGAUACAUUUUCAGAAUCUAUAUGGUUUUCAAGAGAUGAUUCUUCCAAGGAGGCUGAUGAUUGCCUCCUCAAGCUUAUUGUUGCCAUGGGAUCUUUAAGAUCUGGCAUCUUGGGAGAAGCUACUGUUAAAAUGAACAGCUAUGUGAGUUCUGAUACUGCUAUUCCACUUUCAAUCCCGCUUAAGAAGUGCAACCAUGGGACAGUUUUGCAUGUAACUGUCCAGUGCCUUACACCAAGAAAGAAACUCAGGGAUCAAGAAUCAAGUAAGACAAAUUCCCAUUUGCAAACCAUGAAUGAAAAUAAUCAUGAUGUGGUUGUUAAAUCAGAAGAAUCAGAUAGUUCUUAUGUACAGAGUGUUGAAUCUUCCUCAGUUGAUGAUGGGGACUCUACCUUAUCCACCGGAGGAGUUGAAACAAGGACAACAAGCUUCUCUGGAUCUGUAUCAAAUUACAGCUUUAACUCAAUUGAGGGUUUCACAGAAAGGGGAAAUAUCUCCCCAUGUAUCAGUGAUGAGCAGAGCCCAACCGGAAGACAAGAUUCAGCCAGUUCCCAGAGAAGUGUUUCCCAUCAUGAUUACACUGCUAAUAACUUUUCCCAGUCGAAUCAUUCAUCAUCUAAUUCUCAGAAUAUGCAAGAUAUUGGUGCAUCAUCUCCUAAGAUGUCCAGUGCUUCUAACAACCGUCUGGAAGCUGCAGAAGAUAAAACUGAAGAGCUACGGGCAGAAGCAAAGAUGUGGGAGAUGAACGCAAGAAAACUAAUGGGUGACUUGGACAUGCUGAGGACAGAAUUCUCAGAUCAAUCCAAAAAACUGGAAGGUCUGGAAAUGAACCUUUCAGAAGCUUAUGUAGAACGUGAUAGUUUUAAAAAAGUAGUUGAGGAGUUAAAAUUGUCAUCAGAGGAUCCUACAGUGAGGCAGAAAGCAUCGGAAGAUUCAAUAUCUCAAAGUGAGUGCAUUCCAGACAUUGAAAAAUCUCUAAAAGAUGAACUGAAGUUUCAGAAAGAAUCCAAUGCUAACUUGUCUUUGCAACUGAAGAAGAGCCAAGAAGCAAAUGUUGAGCUUGUGUCUGUUCUCCAGGAGCUGGAAGAGACCAUAGAACAGCAGAAAUAUGAGAUAGAAAACCUUUCAUCACUACCCUCAAAAUUCAGUGAUCUGGAGAAAUCAUUCCAACAAAGUAUAGAAGAAAAUAAGAGCUUAAUGCACCAACUAGAACAGUUGGAGGAAUCAAAGAAAAGUCUGCUGGUGAAAGUGCAAGAGCUGGAGGGGACCUUGGAGGAUAAAAUACGAGGCAUUGAACAUGCAAGGUUUCCAAACAACAAAGCUCUUUCAGGUGUGGAAAUGGAAUAUGAAAGCAAAUUAUCUGCUAAGGGGGAAGAAAUUUUAAAUUUGAAAGAAAAGCUGGUCGAAUCUCUCCCAGAAAGAUGUAAUGCGGAGACAGUGUCCAGUAAUGUAUCUGAUGGAUGCCUUUUGAGAGAAAUCAAAGUAUUGAAAGAUAAAGUUCAGGAACUUGAGACUGACUGCAAUGAGCUGACAGAUGAAAACCUCGAGCUUUUAGGCCAGCUAAAUGAAGCAAAGAGCAAUUCAAAAGAUGGAAAUGGAUUUCAAAACAAGCUCAAGGAUCAAUCUUUUGAUAGCUUUAAGUCUGAAGUAAGCAACAAUUUGUUCCGAAUAUUCAAUUCAGAAGACAUACUUCAGGGGAAAAGUGCCAAGAAGAUUAUUAAAAAUGAUCAUAUUCCAAUUCAAGAGCUUGAGACUUCUAAAUUAGCUCUAGAAGUCAGAAUCACAGAUCUGAAUAAGGAACUAAUUAAUAGAACAUCUGAGAUGGAAGAUCUUGAGGCUAACUUAUCCUGUAAAGAAAAGGAGAUUGGGGUUCUUCAGAAGCUCCUUUAUCAGUUGGAGGCCAAGGUUUAUGAUCUUGAACAAGAGAAACUUCAACUAGAGGAACACAUGGAGGUCAUCACUAAAGAAAGAAAGCAUGAGCUAGAGCUCCAGGUAUCAGAUAUAGAACGAGAAAAUAAACAAUUAUUGAUGCUGGUUUCUGAUUUAGAAGCCCAACUGAGAAAUUUGACAAAUGAACAAGAGUCCCAUUUAUCAGAGCUUGAGAACUCUAGAUCUCAAGUUGCAAGGCUUCAAGAGAAGAUUAUGGAGAUGCAACCUGAGAUGGAUUCUUCGAUAGAAGAUUUGAACCAAAAAUUAAAGCUGACACAAUUUGAAUGGUCGGAAGCACAGAAAGAAUGUGAAUAUCUCAGAGGAGAAAAUCAGCAGUUACAAAUUACCAUGGAGAAUCUCGUAGAAAAAUGCAAGUCUUUUGAGAAGCUAAAUGGAGAUUUGAAGAAGCAAAAGUUGAAUUUAGAGGAGUAUUGCUCCCUUAUUAGAGUCAGGUUGAGCGAAUCAGAUGAAAGAUUUGCUGAUUGUGCUGAAAGAGUGGAAUACUUGGCGAAGAAAUUUGCUUCAAUGCUGGAAGAUAUUGAAUCAAAGGAGAAGCAUCUAACUUCAGCUUUAGAUGGUCUUUUGGAUAAAAAUAGGGAACAUAUGGAGCAAGAUGAGAUCUUAUUUAGUCAGGUGCAAUUGCAGAAGGUGGUAGAAAUUCAGAACCUCAAAUUAGAAGUUGAAAACCUCAACAUGAAACUUUCAGCAGCCUAUGAUGAAAAAGAGAGAAUAGCUUCCAAUGCUUUGCUUGAAGUAUCCUCAUUACAUGCUGAUAAAUCCAAACUGGAAUCUGCUAUUAAAGAAGUUCAAUUGAAAGUGAUUUUGUCAAAGACUGAGGUUAAUAUGAUGCAGGCGCAAUAUGAACAAAAUCUGAAAGACCUAACAACCGAGCUUUCAGAUUUCAAAACUAAAAUGGAAAUGCUGAUGGAUGAACGUGAAAAUUUGUUGAAGCUGGUGGAGGACUACAGAUCAAGAGAACUGGAAUGCAAAAGCACUAUAACUGCCCUUGAAUUAAAACUUACAGUCACGGAAUAUGAGCGACAACAGUUCAUGGACGAAUAUGGAAAUUUAAAGGUUCAGUUACAACAGGAACAUCAAUUUGAAAAUGAGAUUAUGGUUCUCAAGAAUGAGCUCAACGAUUGCAAUUCUGAGAAAAAGAGCCUGGAAGCCUCAUUGCGCCAGAAAUGUGAACUAUAUGAAGAUUUGAAGGCAGAGAAGACAGCAUUUGAACAAAGAAUAUUAACCUUGGAGAAGGCUUCAUCAGAUCUGGAGGACUGCAAUAGAACUAGAUCAUCUCUUGAAGAAAAGCUUAUGCAGUUGGAGAAUGAGUUGAAGGCAAGAGAAACAAGAUGUAUCCAGGAUCCUGAGCUCAGCAAUAUCAAAAGAGUGAACAGCCAGCAUCAACAGACCAUACAACUACUUGAGCAUGAAAAAGCUGAGUUCCAGAGAAAAGCUCAAGCCCUUGAAGAGGAAUUGAAGCUGAUUAAGGAACAAAAGCGAAAUCAUGUUUCAAAGCUAAACAGGAAAACUUUACCUCUUCAUGAUGAUUUGAAGGCCUCAAAACAGAAUCCUUUGGUGAAGAAUACCAAUCAACAUCGAAUUAACAGGAAAAAGUCAUCUUCAAAGAAUGACAGAGAAAUCCCGAAAGAUCAACAGGAUCCUUAUUACAGCAACAAACAUCAGAGUGAGGUGGAAACUGAACAUGGACUUCAUGACGAAAGUGUUCAUGAUGUUGAAGUAGAUCCACUAUCGAAAACUCGAGUGCUUCAGACUGAACAAGAAAAAGCUCAAGCCAAUGACAUUUAUGAAGUUCAACUUAACAGAUCGUCCUCUCAAGACCGCAACAACCAGGCAAAUGCCCCAGUAAAAUCAAUGGCUGAAGAAGAACUAGUGACUAAAGAAAAGUUUGAACAUACAAAAUCAAAGCUAGAAGCAGAAUUAAUAGACAUUCAGGAGCGAUACUUCCACUUGAGCCUUAAAUACGCUGAGGUAGAAACCGAGCGUGAAGAACUUGUGAUGAAGCUCAAGUCAUCAUCAUCCAAGACCAGAAAAGGAUGGCUCUCAUAGAACUAUGACCACACCAUUGACCUUUGAUACCUUGUUUCACCAAUUUGGAGUGCCACGGAGUUUUCACUCUGCAAAAGGAUGUGUCCCUAUGGAAAUGACUCAUAGAUUAGAAAAAUAGCAAUAAAAGUAUAAUACAGUUGUAAAUAUCAGAAAUUUUGAAGGUAUAAUUACAGUUAAAGUGAUAUUAUGAUUGUCUUGAGCACAAAAUACAAUUAAGAAACUUCCAUUUUUUGUACUUCUACAAGUGUAGCUAUUAUUUACAACAGAAAACAGGAAUAUACAAAAUAAAAAUGUCUCUUCCACAGUGCCA